AUGUCCUAUCUGAAGGUAUUGCACUGUAGCUUAUGCCGAAAAAACGGUAUUUAUGGUAUUUCUUCAAAGUCCAUACUGUUUAAAAUUGGUAAUGGAACACCAGUACAGCAAUUGGCUACAAUUUCCACUUCUCAUUGUUGGAAAAGUAAACUUCCUCUUAUAUCACAAACUCAGACCUCAUCAAGUGGAAAGAAUAAAAAUGUACCCCAAGAUACCAGAGUAUGGAAAGAAACUCCAACACAUGAUAUAAGAAACAACCUUGGUCACUACUGUAUGAUGCUUUCAAAAUUUCGCUUAACUUCAUUGGUGGUCAUGACAUCAAUGGCCGGAUAUGCAUUGGCACCAGCUCCAUUUAACUUCACUACAUUUGCACUUUGUGCUGUUGGCACUGGCCUUGUUUCUUCAGCCGCUAAUUCUAUUAACCAGUAUCAUGAAGUGCCUUUUGAUGCUCAGAUGACAAGAACUAAGAACAGAGUUCUUGUAAAGGGGCUUUUAGAACCUGUCCAUGCCAUUAGUUUCGCAGCAAUAACGAGCGCUUCUGGUUUAAGCAUAUUGUAUUUUGGCGUUAAUCCUCUAACAGCUGCCCUUGGUGCCGGCAAUCUCGUGCUAUAUACGUCAGUAUAUACUCCCAUGAAAAGGAUGUCGAUACUUAAUACAUGGCUCGGUUCUGUUGUUGGCGCAAUACCCCCUUUAAUGGGCUGGGCGGGCUGCACGGGUGGUUUGGACGCAGGGGCGUUAGUUCUCGGCGUCGUGCUGUACUCGUGGCAGUUUCCACACUUUAAUGCUCUUUCAUGGAACUUGCGCCCGGACUACUCGCGCGCCGGUUAUAGAAUGAUGGCAGUUACUGAUCCUGCUCUAUGUAGAAGAGUUGCACUAAGGCACACGGGUAUAAUAACAGCAACUUGCCUCACCUCUUCAUACUUAGAUGUGACCAAUCUGUGGUUUGCAUUGGAAUCUUUGCCAUUGAAUUUAUAUUUUAUGUACUUAGCAUGGCAAUUCUACAAGAAAUCAGACAGUGGCAGUUCGAGAAAACUUUUUAAAUUCUCUCUCAUACAUUUACCCGCAUUGAUGUUACUAAUGCUAGUCAAUAAAAAGUAUUGGAGUUCGAGCGAGACACGAGAGCACAAAGAUGUGUUGAAGUCACAAGACGUUAACAAGUUACCAGAAUCAAAGAGGAUAACAGUAUUGCCACGAGGUCCAGUCGUCGCCGCGCAGGAAACGGACUUACGAUAA